CAAAUCAUCUGUUGACGUGAGAAGAGUAAAGAUAAUGUUUUAAUUUAAGCGUAGGAUAUUUCGAACAGUUAAAUUUUGAAUUAUAUCAACAACAAAUUAUUUAAUUUGCUAGAAAAAUAAGAAGGGGUUUAAAAUGUAUGGCCAUAGUCAAGAAGCAGUAAUUGCUUUGAGUUUCAAUCAAGAUCAUGGGUGCUUUACUUGUUGUAUGGAAGAUGGAUUGAGGAUAUAUAACCUAGAACCAUUAUCAGAAAAAGCCCAUCUGGAUGUCUCUGUAGUUGGCAGUAUUGGUAUUUGUGAGAUGCUCCACAGGACUAACUUGUUGGCCAUAGUUGGUGGAGGUCGGCCUAAGUUUGCUGAAAACACUGUUUUGAUCUGGGAUGAUCUAAGUAAGAAGUUUGUGUUAGAAUUCACCUUUACUUCACCAGUUCUGGCAGUUUGCAUGAGAAGAGACAAACUUUUUAUGGUCUUGAAGACUGAAGUCCAUGUUUUUAGUUUUCCAAACAACCCAAAGAAACUGUUUACCUUUGAAACUAGAGAAAACCCCAAAGGUUUAUGUGAAGUUAGUCCUUUCGCAAGUUCUGAACGACAGCUGCUAGUAUUUCCGGGUCACAAAUGUGGUAGUAUACAAUUAGUGGAUCUGUCCACCACGGAACGUGGAAUGUCUAGUGCUCCUUUCACAAUAAGUGCUCAUCAGGCUGAAAUUGCUUGUAUUGCUGUUAAUCAACAAGGAACAAUGGUUGCUACUGCUUCAAAAAAGGGUACUCUAAUUAGGGUGUUUGACACUACAAAAAGAACCCAGUUAGUAGAGCUCAGGAGAGGAGCAGAUCCUGCAACACUUUACUGCAUAAACUUCAGUCAUGACUCAGAAUUCUUGUGUGUCUCCAGUGAUAAAGGCACUGUCCAUAUAUUUGCUCUAAAAAACACUCAUCUGAACCGACGGUCCACCUUUUCAAAAAUGGGAUUUCUGGGCCAAUAUGUCGAAUCUCAGUGGGCACUAGCUAACUUCACUGUGGCUGCUGAAUGUGCCUGUAUAUGUGCCUUUGGAUCAAAGUCUUCUGUAUAUGCUAUAUGCGUGGAUGGAACAUUCCACAAAUAUGUCUUUACCCAGGAAGGGAACUGUAACCGAGAGGCUUUUGAUGUAUAUCUGGAUGUCUGUGAAGACAGUGAUUUCUGAGUUAGUUAGUUAUGAUUUAAGUUUUGAAGUGAUUAGUACUGUUCUGUGUGUUUUUACUAAGUA